GCGCAAUUGAACCGCACCAGUCCGUUGCCGGUCGUGCUGUGCAUCGCAGAGUGUAUCCAUUUUUGCCAUGAAUCUUCCCUUUCUGUGCACUUUUGCCUUCGUGUGGUCACCCGUACUAGCUGCAACAGUGAAUAGAAUCAUCGGUGGAGAGGAAACGGCACCCCACGAGCUCCCUUAUCAGGUGUCGCUGCAGUGGAAUUACAGCAAUGAUACCAUACCGCCGAUGCACUUCUGCGGUGGUGCCGUACUGACCGACAGCUGGAUACUGACGGCGGCACACUGUAAGACGUCCUACACGGCGGACGGAUACAUAGAGGUAGUGGCCGGAGCGCAUGACAUUCUGAACCGGGGGGAGGUAAACCAGCGGCGGAAGAUUGAGCGCAUUAUCACACACGAACGGUACUGUGGGACGGUGUGUCCGUACGACAUUGCACUGAUUCGUGUCGUCGAACCGUUCGUGCUGGGAGAUACCGUUAAAGCAAUCCGAUUGCCCGCGCUGAACGAGACAUUCCAGGGAAGCGCUCUGGUCAGUGGUUGGGGAUCGACGACCCCCGCCAUAGUGCCAGAAUAUCCGGACAAGCUACGAAAAGUGGUACUGCCUCUGGUGGACUACGACGAAUGUCGGCAGCUGUGGUACGACGUGAGCCAUCUAGCGGAUACGAACGUGUGUGCCGGGCCCGAGGAUGGAUCUAAAUCAUCCUGCUCCGCCGACUCCGGUGGCCCGUUAGUCACGAUGAACGGUACGCGUGCCAGCGAGGAACCCGUUCUGAUUGGACUAGUUUCCUGGGGACCGUACCCGUGCGCAUCUCCCUGGCGGCCCAACAUCUUCACCGGCGUUGCCUACUUCGUCGACUGGAUUGAGCAGCAUUUGAAGAUGGGGCCACGGGAGGAGGAGAAGGAGGAGCAGCCUCAAUAAAGCAUGUUUUCGGCCCCAAUA